GUGGGUGGAGGGAAUGUUAAAGUUACAUUACAGAAGGGAGCCAGAGGAGGAGAGCAAAGAGAAAGGAAGGCAACCCAACGCAAGCCUCGCAUCCUAGGCUCCAGGCUUCCCUCUCCAGCUGCAGAAGCUGCUCCUAUAUUUCCAAAAGAGAGGAGUUGUGUGUUUGUGUGGAGUGAGAAAAAUCUCUCCCCCCCCCUCCUCCCUCACAACUGUGUGGAAAAACCCGGAGCUGAGGGGCCGAAAGAAAGAAAAGAAAGAAGACCCGCGUGUUUUUCAUUCUUUCAGACUGAACCAACCUCCUCCUCGUCGCCUUUGAUCCUGGAGUUUUGUGUGUGUUUGUGUUGUGUUUCCUUUUUCUUUUUGGGCUGUUUUUCAAAUGGUCUCUUUCUGAGGGAGUUAACUUUUUGGGUUCUUGCUUUUUUCUUCUUGAAAGGGAAGCGCUGAAGAAGAGUCCCUUUUCCUGCCAGGGAAGGAACUUUGGGGCUCUUUUGAAAAUUAUUAUUACUGUAUUAUUAUUUACAAGAACAACAAGAACAACAACAAGAAGAAGCCCCUCUAGAGAUUGUUUUUUUUUGAGGGGGGGGGAGACCCUAAAACCCUCCAUUUUUUUUUUCCUUUCAGGAGCCAAGAAGCAAGAGCAGUCCCCUGGCUGAGGGACCAAGGCAGAGUCCUGACUGGGGGAGGCCAGCCAGGGGGAUGCCUCAGCUCUCGGGGGCCGGAGGCGGCGGCGGAGGCGGCGGAGGCGGAGGAGACCCGGAGCUGUGCGCCACCGACGAGAUGAUCCCCUUCAAGGACGAGGGCGACCCCCAGAAGGAGAAGAUCUUCGCCGAGAUCAGCCACCCGGAGGAAGAGGGCGACCUGGCCGACAUCAAGUCCUCGCUGGUCCACGAGUCCGAGACCAUCCCUAGCAGCAACGGCCACGAGGUGACCAGGCAAGUCCAGCCUCAGGAAACGUACCAUGAGAAAGGAAGAGAACAUCAUGAGGAAGGCAAACACACAGAUGGUGGUUUAUACAGUAAAGGACCAUCUUACUCUGGUUAUUCUGGGUAUAUCAUGAUGCCAAAUAUGAAUAACGACCCAUAUAUGUCUAAUGGAUCACUUUCUCCACCAAUCCCUAGAACAUCAAACAAAGUACCAGUGGUGCAGCCUUCUCAUGCAGUUCACCCUCUCACCCCACUUAUCACCUACAGCGAUGAGCACUUUUCUCCAGGGACACAUCCUUCACACCUUCCCUCAGACGUCAACUCAAAACAAGGCAUGUCCAGGCAUCCUCCCGGUCCUGAUAUCCCCACUUUCUAUCCCUUAUCUCCUGGCAGUGUUGGACAGAUAACUCCACCUCUUGGCUGGCAAGGUCAGCCUGUAUAUCCCAUCUCAAGUGGAUUCAGGCAGCCCUACCCAUCCUCACUUUCAGUCGACACCUCCAUGUCAAGGUUUUCACAUCAUAUGAUUCCCGGUCCUCCAGGACCCCACACAACUGGAAUCCCUCACCCAGCAAUCGUAACACCUCAAGUAAAACAAGAACAUCCGCACACAGACAGUGACUUAAUGCAUGUGAAGCCUCAGCAUGAACAGAGGAAAGAACAAGAGCCCAAAAGACCUCAUAUUAAGAAACCUCUGAAUGCUUUCAUGUUAUACAUGAAAGAGAUGAGAGCUAACGUUGUAGCAGAGUGUACUCUGAAAGAAAGUGCAGCUAUCAACCAGAUCCUUGGCAGAAGGUGGCAUGCACUGUCCCGCGAAGAACAAGCUAAAUAUUAUGAACUAGCUCGGAAAGAAAGGCAGCUACACAUGCAGCUAUAUCCAGGCUGGUCUGCAAGAGAUAACUAUGGAAAGAAAAAGAAGAGGAAGAGAGAGAAGCUACAAGAAUCAACAUCAGGUGCAGCCCCACGAAUGACAGCUGCCUACAUCUGAAGCAUGGUGGGAAGAAAAAUGCUUUCUCAACAUGCAAAGGAAAGGCAGCGACAUCAGGGCCCCUCCUCGAAAUGGAAGCUUGUUAAAUCUCCAGGCACGUCCUGCAUCUGCACAGGCCACCGCCAAGGAGUAUGUUUAGGAUGUCAAAACCUGCCCUGAUGUCACUGCUACAAAGACACUGAACCAUAAAGACAAUCACUGCCAGGCCCCUUCGCUAUCAUGGCGGCAUCCCAAAUCUGACACAAUAAGAGAGCAACAAGAGCAUUUCAGACCUUCCCCAGUCAGCAGAGUAGCUUUUUAUCUUCACUCCGCCUUACACCUCCUACAUUUGUAUCUCAUAACUUUGUCAGUACUGAAUCAGCAACAAAAUAGUUCAGCUGCUUUUGUUUUUCUUCAGCCGACAGAAUGAUGUAAACCAGCAGCAACUCCCAUCUUGACCCUUCACACCGAAGAAACAAAUAUUUGUUGAGGAAGGCACAAUCUAGUUUAUUAUUUAAUGGUGCGAAAGGAUCAAUCUUGGAUUUUCAGCUUCUAAAAAGAAAACUUGAAUGCUUUUAUAUUUUAGUUUUUUCCCCUUGAUGUAUAUUUUUAUUGUGUUUGAGCUUUUUAAAGAAGCACCAAAACCUACAUUUUUUAAAUCAAAGGAAAUUCUUUUUUCCCCCCCCUUACAGGAGAGGAACAAACCGUUUGGAGAACUGUGGCUUUUUUGGAUUUUUGUUAAACAAUUGGUAACACUUAACAAUCCCUCAUUGUAAAUCGUGUGCCCGUUUAUACUAAACAUAACAAUCAGCCUGGUCACUAGUCAUGUUGAUCUGUCCCAAUUACUCUAUAUGUGUAAUGGCAACAUACUUCAUCAAAUCUGACUGCAGUGAGCUCUCCUACUCACCUAUCUUGAAUUUCCUUGUAAAAAAAAAAGAAAAGCCCAGCACUUGAAUUAUUAUUACUUCAAAUGUUCUGUAUUUGUAUCUGUUUUUGUUAGCCUGUUUAGUGGGAUUUUAUGCCAGUUGUUGAAAUGAGCAUUGAUGUACCCAUUUUUUUAAAUAGUUAAGGCACAGCCUUUGCCAAAAAUUGUCAACUGAUAUAUAUUUUGUCAUUCCAAUUUGAGUUAAUGUGCUGAGCAUUUUUUGUUUUUGUUUUUUUAAAUAAAAGCUUUGUA